CGAGGGCGGGGAGGCGCCGGGGGCUCCUCCUCCUCCCGCCCGCACUCACCGGCUGCGAUGGGGCUGGCGGCGCAGCGGGAGGCUUAGCGCGGCUCCGGCGGGGCUGCGAGCGGCGAGCCAUGCUCUCGGGGAACAGCACGGGCACGCCGAGCCGCACGGAGCGGGAGGGGCCGGGCGAGAAGCCCCUCUUCAGCGCCGGCACCUACGAGCUGCUGGCCCUGCUGGUGGCCACCAUCGGCGUGCUGGGCUUGUGCAAUAACUUGCUGGUGCUGGUGCUCUACUACAAGUUCAAGCGGCUCCGCACGCCCACCAACCUCUUCCUCGUCAACAUCAGCCUCAGCGACCUGCUGGUGUCCGUCUUCGGCGUCAGCCUCACCUUCAUGUCCUGCCUGCGGAGCCGCUGGGUGUGGGACGCCGCCGGCUGCGUCUGGGACGGCUUCAGCAACAGCCUCUUCGGACUUGUUUCAAUUAUGACUCUCACUGUUCUUGCCUAUGAACGCUACAUUCGAGUAGUCCAUGCAAAAGUGAUUGACUUUUCCUGGUCUUGGCGGGCUAUCACAUACAUCUGGCUCUACUCAUUAGCCUGGACUGGAGCACCUCUUUUGGGCUGGAACAGAUACACGCUGGAAAUUCAUGGAUUAGGCUGCUCAGUGGACUGGAAGUCAAAAGACCCAAAUGAUACCUCCUUUGUACUCCUUUUUUUCCUUGGCUGUCUAGUAGCACCUAUUGGGAUCAUGGCCUACUGCUAUGGCCAUAUUCUAUAUGCAGUAAGAAUGCUUCGCUCUGUGGAAGAUUUCCAGACUGUUCAAGUGAUCAAACUUCUAAAAUAUGAAAAGAAAGUGGCUAAAAUGUGUUUCUUAAUGAUCUCCACUUUCCUUAUUUGUUGGAUGCCCUAUGCAGUGGUUUCCCUCUUGGUAACUUAUGGCUAUAGCAACCUUGUAACUCCAACAGUAGCCAUUAUCCCAUCUUUCUUUGCCAAGUCAAGCACUGCUUAUAACCCAGUCAUCUAUAUUUUCAUGAGUAGAAAGUUUCGACAGUGCCUUUUGCAACUGGUAUGCUUCCGGCUGAUGAGGUUCCAAAGGGCCAUGAAAGAGACACCAGCAACAGGGAACGACAAACCAAUAAGACCAAUAGUUAUGUCUCAUAAAGCAGGGGACAGGCCAAAGAAGAAAGUGACUUUCAGCUCUUCCUCUAUAAUUUUUAUUAUCACUAGUGAUGACACUCAGCAAAUAGAUGACAACAGUAAACAAGACGGGACAAAAGUAAAUGUCAUCCAAGUAAAGCCAUUGUAGAAACGAGCUAGAGAGAUGCAAGAAUGAGAUGGACUUCAGACAGUAGACUGUUUUGGUUGGAGACUGGUUUCAGUGGCAGCGUCUGUGGAUUGCCAAAGGAAAUCACAUUCUUAAGCUGUGAGAUACAGAAGGAAUUCUGCAUCUGCAGGCAGUCCGCUUUUGGUCACAGUACUGAAAUCUCUGCAACUGUGCCAGAAUUGCUGAUUAAUGUCUUUACUCUGAAUUUUCUUAAAGCAUAUUGUAGGAUUGCCAUUCAGGAGAAUUUGGUCAGGCUGGAGGAAAUGUGCUGACAGAAAUGUUACAAAGUUCAGCAAGGGCAAGUCCAAAUUCCUGCACUUGAGAAGGGAGAACAAUAGCACAGUAGCUGGGCCCUGGCUGCCUGGGACACAGCUCUGUGGAAUAGGAUGUGGAGUUCUGUUGCUCAGUGAGCAGGGCAUGAGCCUGCAGCGUGCUCUGGGAGUAAGAAAGGGCACCAACAUUCCAGGCUGUACUGACAGGAUCAGAAAUGGUAGUCUGAAGUAAUUAUGCCUUUGACUCAGCCCUCAUUAGGCUGCAUCUAGGUACUGCAUCCAGUUUUGGGACCACAGUACAAGAAAGGCAUCUGUAAACUGGGGUGAAUUCAGUGGAGACACCCAAGAUUGUCAAGGGUUGUAGUACUUGACCUGGGAGGAGAGGUAGGUGGAGAUAUACUUGACCAGCCUGGAGAUGAAACAUCUUCAGAGGAACCUAAUAGCAGUCUCUCAACAACAUAAAGCCAGGGUCUUCAGGAAAAUUCGUAAAGAUGGGGUUUGGAUGGGAUAUAAGGAAAAGCUUUUUCACUUGGAGGACAGCCAAGCAGUGGAACAAGUUAGACUACAAAUUUCCUGAGGUUCCUUCCAGUUUCACUUAUCCUGUGAUCCCUGGACUGCCAGCAUUCCCAGCAAACAGAGUUAUCAGGGAAGGAAGAGGAACAUUUGAAGUUGGCCACAGUUUAUUUAGUCUGAAUUGGUACUUCUCAGGAUGAGGGGUGGGGAAAUUAAUGUCGACAAUUACUGAGGGUAUGGUUAAACCACGAGCCCUCAGAAAGCUGCCCCUGUGUAUUCGUGAAGCCAUUCUCUUGGUGCUUCCUGGUGGGGCCCCUGAACUAUAUAGUGAUGAAUAUAAAGCAAAUCAAAGCAACAAUGAAAAAGGGACAGGGAAAAGGGAGAAUUGGAUUUUUUUUUUUUUUUGUUAUGUGCUUUAUGUAUCUUUAUUUUACAUUCAUUUAUUCUUCACAUGGACCCAGAGCGUCAUCCUAUAUUAAUCCUAAACCUGCUGUGGCACUCUGUUGAAAGUAACAGGCAGAAGUUACACUUCUCUCUAACUAAGUUGCAGUGCGAGUACUGAUUGCCUUACUUAGAGUUCAGUAAACAGAUAGACAGAGGUUGGUUUCCCACCCCUCCCCUCAAUUUUGUAAGUGUUGCUGGUACAAAAUGAUGACAGGAUUCUGUCUCAGACACAGCUGCCUGUUGGCAUUGGUUUAGAGAACUAAUUUUGAGUUAUGGCGGUUGUUUCUCUACAACAUCCAUCGCACCGGUGUAAUUUCUUUGCCUCUGUCUGCUAACUGGCCUUGUGGGUGUGAAACAUGCAGCUUUUCCAGUUCUGUGAAAGGUGUAAGAAAAACAGUUAAGAAACUACUUGCUUCCUCUGGGGACAAAUCUUCUGAGAGCUAUAAAGGGACAUGCUGAAUAACUGUUGGCACUCUAGCUAUUGGACCUACAAUCAAGAAUGAAACUUCAGAAACAAAUAGAAAAAAAUUAGUGCCUAAAUGUAGAAGCUUUCAGCUAGUUCCUGGAAGUAGGGAGUGACCUCAACUCAGAACGAGUGACUGACUUUUUGCUUGUGCUCCUGCUUUUAAAGAGGUAAAUUCCUUAUAUGUGCAACCCUCCAGAACUUUAGCACUGGUAAGCUGGGUCUGUGUUAUGUUUCAAAGUGCAUCUGGAGUCCACUUGAGUUUCUCAAUUAAAUCUUAUAAUCAGAGAAAAAGAGAUGAGAAAUAUUUGUCUUUGAUUCUUUUAUGUUUUUUAUUUUUGUUUUGCUACAAAUAAAUAGAUAACUUGUCUUACUCUGUUGAAGAUCUGCCCUUACUAAAGCACGUUCAUUGCAAUGUCAAGAACUAUAUUUUCAGCCAGUGAGCACUACAUCUAUGCACAUUCAUAUUUACAAAGGGAAAAAGACAUACAUUAGCAUUCCAUGUAAUGAUUCCAUCCUUUCAGCAAAAUGUUUGGCAAUUUAAUGUUUUCUGUAUAUUGAGUCUUCAAUGACUAAUUAAAUGUACCUUAUUUAUAUCAAUGUGUUCGUGGUAAAAUAU